CUCUUUUCCCCUUUGGGACUGAUAUUCCACAAAUGCCCGAUACCAUGACCCCCGGCUUCUUCGGUCCUCCAGGCUUUAAUGGUCAUUUCGCGCCUCCUCACCCGUUUGCAUUGAGAGGAGAUCCCUAUCCCGGGCCGCACCCCUCAAUCCAGGAGCAAGAGCGCUGCACCCAGGCUCCUUUCCCCUUUGGGACAGAUGGUCCUCUACUGACCGCGGACAUAGGCCACAACUACUUCUCUCCACAAGGCUUCAGUGGUCACUCCGCACCUCCUCACCCGUUUGCAUUGAGAGGAGAUCCCUAUCCCGGGCCGCACCCCUCAAUCCAGGAGCAAGAGCGCUGCACCCAGGGCUUCACUGUUCACUCCGCCCCACCUCCUCCCUAUGCAGGGCCGCAUCUCGAAAUCCAAGAUCAAGAGCACCACAACUCGGGUCCUUUCCCCUUUAUGACUGAUGGUCCACAACCGUCUGAUACCAUGGAGGGUUUCUUCCUUCCACCUCCAGGUCCUGAGGUCUUCAGUCAUCCGUUUCCUGGAAGGAAGGUCCUCCUCUCUACACCGUCACUCAUGAACCUGAACGUCCCUUUUCCCAACCACGCCCCGUAUUCACAAAAACCCCUGAAAAAGAAGAUGAAGCGGAGAAGGGGCAAGAUGAAACCGAACCCUUGCCCACCAUAGCAUCUACCUGGGAUCUACUGACCACAACUAGAUGGGACUUCUACCUCUUGUCCACAGGCAGUGCUGGGAUAUACCAUCCAGUCCGGGACCUAGGUUCUUAUCAUGGGAUUUGGGACCCUGCGAUGUGUGAACCUGAUCUGUUACUUGCACUAUAUUGGUGACCCAGCCUUACAUACUUGCACUAUAUUGUGGACCCGGCAUUAUAUUUUGCACUUUCCCCAGAGUUAUAGCUUCUUUGAAGCACUCAAGAGGGUUUCUUGAACUUCAACCAGGGACAGUAAUUCCCCUGAACUGCGCCAAAGCUUGCCAUUGUGUGAAUGUGGCCUUAAAGGGUUACUUCGCUGCUAGACAUCUUAUCCCCUAUCCAAAAGGAUAGGGGAUAAGAUGUCUGACCCCCCCCCCCGGAUCUCUGCUUUGGCACCCCAAACAUCCGGUGCACGGAGCAAACUUCACUCCAUGCCGGAUGACUGGUGAUGCGGGGUGGAGGCUUGUGAUGUCACAGUCAGGCCCUGGUCAUGAGGUCAUGGCCAUGCCCCCUCAAUGCAAAUCUAUGGGAGGGGGCGUGACAGCCCUCACGCCCCCUCCCAUACACCUGCAUUGAGGGGGCGCGGCCGUGACAUCAGGAGCCGCCAGCGCUGAACCUGACACUGUAAACGAACACCGGGUGCAGCAUGGAGAUCGCGGGGGGUACCCAGCGGAGGGACCCCCACGUUCAGACAUCUUCCCCCCAAUCCUAAGGAGUACCCCUUUAAUGAAGAAAUGGCAUACUGGCCUUCAAAGGUUCUGCUGGUUCAGUCAAGUGGUGGACAUCUCAGUAUCUGCACAAUGAAUGAAGUAUUAACCCCCCGUCAACCAUAUUGCUGCUAUAGAAGAACUGUCGACAACAUUUUUUUUAUCACACUGAAACUUUUUGUACAUUUUUAGGAGGUUGACCGUAUGUUUUGUGUCUUUACAUUUCAUUGCAUGCACUGAUUGUCCUCUUUAGUAGAUCCCCCAUGAUCCUUCCAUUGCCUCCCGGACCACAAUGAAUUGGCUCUGUAUAGACAAGAUGGAUUGUAGCAGUACCUGUCCGUUAGAUGCAGGACCUGACAUGCACUCCAGAAUCCAUUCUACCUUGUCCCAGUGAAGUCUAUAGGGUUAAGGUCUGGCGAUGUUUCUGGAGCCAAUCAAUAACUCUACGCGCUGUGUGGAUGGUGCAUUGACCUGCUGACUGCCUCCUGAACUAUUCACACCAGACAAAAACAGGUCAUUGAUUCAUGGUGCUUGUGCCAAAUUGCUGACCCCCUCUGACCAGGCCAUGUUUCUCCACAGAUCUGGAUCCAUCUGACCCGGCCAUGUUUCUCUACAGAGAUGUGGAUCCAUAUGACCAGGCCAUGUUUCUCCACAGAGAUCUGGAUCUAUCUGACCAGGCCAUGUUUCUCUACAGAGAUCUGGAUCCAUCUGACCAGGCCAUGUUUCUCCACAGAGAUCUGGAUCCAUCUGACCAGGCCAUGUUUCUCCACAGAGAUCUGGAUCUAUCUGACCAGGUCAUGUUUCUCUACAGAGAUCUGGAUCCAUCUGACCAGGCCAUAUUUCUCUAUAGAGAUCUCCAUACAUCUGACCAGGCCAUGUUUCUCCACAGAUCUGGAUCUAUCUGACCAGGUCAUGUUUCUCCACAGAUCUGGAUCCAUCUGACCAGGUCAUGUUUCUCCAUAGAGAUCUGGAUCCAUCUGACCAGGCCAUGUUUCUCCAUAGAGAUCUAGAUCCAUCUGACCAGGUCAUGUUUCUAUACAGAGAUCUGGAUCAAUCUGACCAGGCCAUGUUUCUCUACAUAGAUCUGGAUCCAUCUGACCAGGCCAUGUUUCUCUACAUAGAUCUGGAUCCAUCUGACCAGGCCAGGUUUCUCCACAGAGAUCUGGAUCCAUCUGACCAGGCCAUGUUUCUCCACAGAGAUCUGGAUCCAUCUGACCAGGUCAUGUUUCUCCACAGAGAUCUGUAUCCAUCUGACCAGGCCAUGUUUCUCCACAGAUCUGGAUCCAUCUGACCCGGCCAUGUUUCUCUACAGAGAUGUGGAUCCAUAUGACCAGGCCAUGUUUCUCCACAGAGAUCUGGAUCUAUCUGACCAGGCCAUGUUUCUCUACAGAGAUCUGGAUCCAUCUGACCAGGCCAUGUUUCUCCACAGAGAUCUGGAUCCAUCUGACCAGGCCAUGUUUCUCCACAGAGAUCUGGAUCUAUCUGACCAGGUCAUGUUUCUCUACAGAGAUCUGGAUCCAUCUGACCAGGCCAUAUUUCUCUAUAGAGAUCUCCAUACAUCUGACCAGGCCAUGUUUCUCCACAGAUCUGGAUCCAUCUGACCAGGUCAUGUUUCUCCACAGAUCUGGAUCCAUCUGACCAGGUCAUGUUUCUCCAUAGAGAUCUGGAUCCAUCUGACCAGGCCAUGUUUCUCCAUAGAGAUCUAGAUCCAUCUGACCAGGUCAUGUUUCUAUACAGAGAUCUGGAUCAAUCUGACCAGGCCAUGUUUCUCUACAUAGAUCUGGAUCCAUCUGACCAGGCCAUGUUUCUCUACAUAGAUCUGGAUCCAUCUGACCAGGCCAGGUUUCUCCACAGAGAUCUGGAU